AUGUCAAGUGCAAAACAGGUGCUUGAUCCUGCAUUUCAAGGAGCUGGCCAAAAACCUGGGACAGAAAUAUGGCGGAUUGAAGAUUUUAAGCCAGUUCCUUUGCCAAAGUCAGAUUAUGGUAAAUUCUACUGUGGAGAUUCAUAUAUUGUUCUGCAGACGACUUGUAACAGGGGCGGUGCUUACCUCUCUGACAUUCACUUCUGGAUUGGGAAAGAUUCUAGUCAGGAUGAAGCUGGCACUUCAGCAAUCAAGACAGUUGAACUUGAUUCCAUGCUUGGGGGUCGUGCAGUCCAGCACAGGGAACCCCAAGGCUAUGAAUCUGAUAAGUUCCUAUCAUACUUCAAGCCAUGCAUUAUACCCAUGGAGGGAGGUUUUGCUUCUGGGUUUAGAAAGCCAGAGGAGGACAAAUUUGAAACACGGCUGUAUAUUUGCAAAGGAAAGAGAGCUAUCAGAGUUAAAGAGGUUCCAUUUGCUCGUUCCUCACUAAACCACGAUGAUGUCUUUAUCUUAGAUACUGAAAAGAAAAUAUAUCAAUUCAAUGGUGCUAACUCCAAUAUUCAAGAAAGAGCCAAAGCACUGGAAGUGAUCCAACAUUUAAAGGACAAGUACCAUGAAGGAGUUUGUGAUGUUGCAAUUGUUGAUGAUGGAAAAUUGCAAGCAGAAUCAGAUUCCGGUGAAUUCUGGGUGGUUUUUGGUGGUUUUGCACCAAUAGGGAAGAAAGCUAUAAGUGAUGAUGAUGUUAUUCUUGAAGCUACACCAACAAAGCUUUACAGUGUCAAUAAUGGUAAACUGACGUUAGAAGAUACCGUUUUGACAAAAUCAAUUCUUGAGAACACUAAAUGCUUUUUACUUGACUGCGGGUCCGAGUUAUAUGUAUGGGUUGGUCGAGUAACACAAGUGGAUGAUAGGAAAGCUGCAAGUGUGGCGGUUGAGGAAUUCAUUGUUAAGCAAAAUAGGCCAAAGACAACAAGAGUAACUCAAGUAAUUCAAGGUUAUGAGGACCAUACGUUCAAGUCCAAAUUUGAUUCGUGGCCUGUAACUAACGCGGCAGGAGCCAGCGGGGAGGAUGGCCGAGGAAAAGUUGCAGCGCUGUUGAAGAAAAAAGGUGAUGUCAAGGGAGCCUCAAAAAACAGCCCUGCAGUAAAUGAGGAAAUUCUUCCUUUGCUAGAAGGCGGUGGAAAGCUUGAGGUAUGGUGUGUUGAUGGCAGUGCUAAGACUGCUCUUCCGAAGGAAGAUCUUGGAAAAUUUCAUAGCGGGGAUUGUUAUAUUGUUCUCUACACAUAUCAUUCGGGUGACAAAAGAGAAGAAUUCUAUCUAACUUACUGGAUUGGGAAGAAUAGUAUACUGGAAGAUCAGCAUACGGCUCUUCAAAUAACUAAUACAAUUUGGAAUUCAAUGAAAGGAAGACCUAUUCUGGGUCGUAUUUAUGAAGGGAAGGAGCCUCCACAGUUUAUUGCUCUUUUCCAGCCCAUGGUUAUUCUUAAGGGUGGAAUCAGCUGUGGGUACAAGAAUUCUGUACAAGAGAAGGGCUUGCCAGAUGAAACAUAUCCUGGCACUGGUGUCGCUCUUGUUAGAAUUAAUGGAACAUCAAUUCAUAACAAUAAAACACUUCAAGUCGAUGAGGUGUCAACAUCCUUGAGUUCCACGAAUUGUUUUGUCUUGCAAUCUGGAAAUUCAGUGUUUAUAUGGAUUGGCAACACAAGUUCUUAUGAACAACAACAGUGGGCUGCAAAAAUUGCUGAGUUCUUGAAGCCUGGCGUUGCUGUCAAACAUUGCAAGGAGGGAACUGAAAGCUCUUCUUUCUGGUCUGCUCUUGGUGGAAAACAGGAUUACUCAAAUAAAAAUGCCACACAGGAUGUUGUUAGAGAACCCCAUCUCUACACAUUCUCAUUUAGGAAUGGCAAGCUGGAGGUAACUGAAGUUUACAAUUUUUCACAAGAUGAUCUGUUGACCGAAGAUGUGAUGGUACUUGACACACAUGCCGAAGUCUUUGUCUGGAUGGGUCAGUGUGUGGACACAAAAGAGAAACAAAUGGCAUUUGAAAUUGGCGAGAAAUACAUAGAACAUGCGGUGACCUUCGAAGGUCUUGCUCCUGACGUGCCUCUCUAUAAAGUCAGUGAAGGGAAUGAACCUUGCUUCUUUAGGACAUACUUCUCCUGGGAUAACACAAGAUCUCUGAUUCACGGGAAUUCAUUUCAGAAGAAACUUUCACUUAUGUUUGGAAUGCGUUCAGAGAGCGGGCCUAAGGGCUCAGGUGAUGGUGGACCAACUCAAAGGGCAUCAGCACUGGCUGCACUUUCAUCCGCUUUUAAUCCAUCUUCCCAGGAUAAACAGUCUACUGAUAGGCCUCAAAGCUCUGGUGAUGGUGGACCUACUCAGCGUGCUUCGGCAUUGGCUGCAUUAUCAUCUGCACUCAAUACGUCAGGGAAACCCAAAAGCCCACAAUCACAAUCUCGUGCAGGUCAAGGGUCUCAGAGAGCAGCUGCUGUUUCAGCAUUGUCUAAUGUUUUAGCUGCCGAAAGUCCCCGCAUUGAUGCAGAGGGUGAAGCAGCGGGGUCCUCAGAAUUUGAUAUGGUGGAUGAGGGGGAGCGAACUGAGCCUGACGUAUCACGGGAAGAGACUGCCAACGAAAAUGGUGGUGAAACAGUCUUCAGCUAUGACCGUCUGAUAUCAAAGUCUACCGACCCUGUCCGUGGAAUAGAUUACAAGCGCAGAGAGACAUAUUUGUCGGACAGUGAAUUCCAGACUGUAUUUGGUAUGAGCAAGGAGGAGUUCUACAAGCAGCCAAGGUGGAAGCAAGAACAGCAGAAAAGAAAAGCGGAUCUUUUCUGA